UAUUGCUUUUUAUUUUAUUUCUUUUAGGACCUCAUCGAACCGAACCACUACGAGCCAUACUUGCGCCUCUCCAAUUUGAAGGUCCAAUUAGUAUCGGGAGGAAAUAUACUGACAAGAUGGCUACCCUUGAAGAAGGUGAAGUGGUGGUGACCCCUGAUGAUAAAAACGAGUCAAUCAAUACUGACAAGAUGGAUGUUGUUGAAGAUGACAAAUUAGUGAUGACUGCUGAUGUAAAACACCAGCCAGUCAGUACUGAUUCUCAACCUAGUAAUGAUUUGGAGAAUUCUGAAAUUUUGUCUAACAAAAAUGCGGAAAAUUUGGAGUCUCAACCCAUCAAGGAUCUCUGCAAUUCCGAAGCACAUCCCAGUGAAGAACUUUUUACAUCUGAAACCCAGACCACUGGUGGUGAUGCAAAUGAGUUGGACAACACCAAAGAAUGUCAGAACAAUGAGCUGGAGAACUCUCAAUCACUAGUUAACAACCAGGUUGGCGAUGCUGGGGCCCCAAAAGACAAUCAGCCAUUUGAUUUAGAGGCAACACUUGACAUGCCGAUGAACAACUCUAAAGUUGUACCUGGCGAUCAGCCUGUUGGUUCCGAAGCUACUCUUGACAAGAAGUCUGCCCCUGAUGCACCACCUAGGAACCAAUUGGUUGAUUACGAGGCAUUGCCAAACAUUGGUGAGGUUAAUUCUGAAAUGCAUACAAGUAAUGAAGUUGUUGUAUCUGAAACACAUAAUAAUGAGGGGGUGGUUGCUUCUGAAACACAGCAGAGAGAUGAGGUGGUUGAAUCAGAAACACAGAAGAGCGACGAGGUGGUUGAAUCUGAAACACAGCACAGCAACGAGGUGAUUGAAUCUGAAACACAGGACAUAGAUGUGGUGGUUGCAUCUGAAACACAUCACGCAGAUCAGGUGAUUGAAUCUGAAACACAACACAACAAUGAGAGGAUGCUUGUAUCUGAAACACAACCCAUUGACGAGACUGUUUGUGAAGCACAACACAGAGAUGAGGUGGUUGCAUCUGAGAUACAACACAGAGAUGAGGUGAUUGAAUCUGAAACACAGCCCAUUGAUGAGAUUAUUGUUUGUGAAGCACAACACAACAAUGAGGUGGUUGUAUCUGAAACACAUUGCAAUGAUGAGGUGGUCAUGUCUGAAGCACAGCCCAGCAGUGAGGUAGUCAAUUCUAACUCACAGCAGAGCAGUGAGGUGGUCAUAUCUGAUACAAAGCCGGACAAUGAGGUAGUUUUUUCUGACACACAACCCAGCAAUGAGACUUUCAUGCAUGAAGCACAAAUCAGCAAUGAUGUAGUUGUGUUUGACACACAGCCGAGCAAUGAGAGUGUCAUGCAUGAAGCACAGGUCAACAAUGAUGCAGUUGUGUCUGACACACAACCCAACGAUGAAGUAGUCAUGUCAGACACACAACCCAAUAAUGACACUGUCAUGCAUGAGGCACAAAUCAGCAACGAUGUGGUUGCAUCUGAAUCUCGGUCUGAGAAUGAGUUGGCCAAUUCAACAAUAGAUCCCAACAACCAGCUUUCGGAUCAAGAAAUUCUUCUCAAUAAUCAUCAAUUCACUGAUCUUCAUAUGAUUCCUGAAGAUCACCUGCCUCAACCAGAAUCGCUGCCUAUUUCGGAAUCACCGCCUAGCUCUGAACCAAUGGCAGACAGUCACAACACAGAUGUCAAACCAAUGCCCCAUAAUCACUUGCAAGAGUAUCUGCCCAACAGUCAUCUGGACCAUUCUGAGGCACUGUCCAACCAUCAGUUGGCUAACUCCGAAACAAUGUCCCAUGAUCAGCUAGGCAAUUCCCAAAUGAUGACUCACUAUGAGUUGGCAAAUAGUGAAAUGCUUCACGACAAUCAGCUGAUCAGUUCUCAAGCACACUAUGAGAUAGUCAAUGCCAACACUUUUCCCAGCUAUGAAAUAGUAAAUGCUGAAACUCCGCCACACAACGAAGAACGUACCCCAGAGACACAGCCAAAUAAGAGGAGGAAAAAAAAGUCUAUAGUCUGGGAACACUUUACCAUAGAAACCGUUAGUGCUGGAUGUAGAAGGGCAUGUUGCAACCAAUGCAAACAAACUUUUGCCUACAGUACUGGCUCAAAAGUUGCUGGUACCAGCCACCUUAAACGGCAUAUUGCCAAGGGGGCAUGCCCAGCUCUUCUGCGUAGUCUAGAUCCAAAUCAGUAUGCUCCAUAUACCCCACGUUCAAGGGGAAGUGCUUCUGGUAAUGCUAGUAAUACACCAAAACGACGUUACAGAACAGCUAAUACACCUUACAUAAUUUUUGAUCAAGAUCGUUGUCGUCAUGAGAUUGCUAGGAUGAUCAUUAUGCAUGAUUACCCCCUUCACAUGGUUGAGCAUCCAGGAUUUGUUGCAUUUGUUCAAAAUCUGCAACCCCAGUUCAACAUGGUGACCUUCAAUACUAUUCAAGGAGACUGUGUUGCAACUUACCUGAUGGAAAAGCAAAACCUUGUGAAGUAUUUUGAGGGAUUACCGGGACGUGUUUGUCUGACACUGGACACAUGGACCUCAAGUCAAUCUGUAGGGUAUGUGUUUAUCACAGGGCAUUUUGUUGAUAGUGAUUGGAAGUUGCAGAGGAGAAUUCUCAAUGUUGUGAUGGAACCAUACCCUGAUUCUGACUCUGCUCUCAGCCAUGCUGUAUCUGUCUGUCUUUCUGAGUGGAAUUUUGAGGGAAGGCUGUUUACUCUCACUUUUAAUCAGCCACUGACUGAAGUUGCCCAUGAGAAUCUCAGACCUCUACUCUCUGUGAAGAAUCCACUUAUCUUCAAUGGUCAGUUACUAGUUGGAAACUGCAUUGCUCGUACUUUAAGCAAUGUUGCAUAUGAUUUGUUGAGUUCAUCGCAAGGCAUUAUCAAUAAAAUCCGGGAAAGUGUGAAAUAUGUGAAAACUUCAGAGUACCACGAGGAAAAAUUCCUGGAUCUGAAGCAGCACCUUCAGGUACCCAGUGAAAGGAGCCUUUUUAUUGAUGACCAAACCAAAUGGAAUACAACAUAUCAAAUGUUGGUUGCAGCUUCUGAAUUAAAGGAAGUUUUUUCCUGUUUAGACACUUCUGAUCCUGAUUACAAAGGAGCCCCGUCUGUUCAAGAUUGGAAGCUUGUUGAGACCCUCUGCACAUACUUGAAGCCCCUUUAUGAUGCAGCAAACAUUCUUGUGACAACAACUUAUCCCACUGCUAUUUCAAUCUUUCAUGAAGUUUGGAAAUUACAUUUGGAUCUUGCUCGUGCUGCUACAAAUGAGGAUCACUUCAUUAGCAACCUUACUAAACCUAUGCAAGAAAAGAUCGAUAAGUACUGGAGAGAGUGUAGUCUGACUUUGGUGAUUGCUGUAGUUAUGGAUCCUCGUUUUAAGAUGAAGCUUGUUGAGUUCAGUUUCACAAAAAUCUACAGUGAGGAUGCUCAUGUGUAUGUAAAGAUUGUUGAUGAUGGAAUUCAUGAGCUGUUUCAUGAGUAUGCAACCCUUCCUCUGCCACUAACACCGGCAUAUGCAGAUGAAGGAAAUGCGGGAAGCAACGCGAAGAUGGAGGGAUCUCCAGGAGGAACUUUGUUGUCCGAUAAUGGUCUUGCUGACUUUGAUGUCUACAUUAUGGAAACUUCUAGCCAUCAAACGAAGUCUGAAUUAGAUCAGUAUUUGGAGGAAUCGUUGUUGCCCCGAGUUCCAGAUUUUGAUGUAUUAGGUUGGUGGAAACUAAACAAACUUAAAUAUCCCACACUCUCCAAGAUGGCCCGAGACAUAUUGUCUAUUCCAGUUUGUACUGUUCCUCCUGACUCUAUCUUUGAUAAAAAAGGCAAAGAGAUGGAUCAGUAUCGAAGUUCCUUGCGGCCAGAGACGGUGGAGGCACUUGUGUGUGCCAAAGACUGGAUGCAGUAUACAGCACCAGAAUCUUUGACUGCACUUGUAAAAAUGGAAUUCUAGAUUUCAGGUUGUUGUACCGAGUAUGAUGGUAGGUUCUCUUGUAUUUUACUUUUAGUUCUUAGUUCUCUUUUAGGCUAUAUUGUAACAUUUGAGUGAUUAUUUGGAUGAUUCGACUUGAAUAUUUAAACUAUCAUGUAGCUUUUCUCUCAGAUCCCAGAAUUAGAAAAUAGAUCCCGACUCUCUGUAAUGUGAGUCCUCAAUGUACAAUAUCCAAGAGCUGCAGAUAAUUGGAUUGGGAUGGUUUUGUUCAUCAGGAAUCAGCCUAAAUUUGAGGUGGUACACUCUUAAUGUAAAGAGUGUACCAUUCCUACCAUGCAGAAUAUGCUUCCCAUUCUGCAGUUGUAUCUUUAGUUUUCUGUUUAUUUUAAAAAAAAAUUACUUUUGUUCA